AAGUUUUAGCUUGUGGGUGAGAGAGACACAGAGACAUACAACUAAUGGUGAUGGGAAGGAGAUCCUUUGGGCUUCUCUUGUUGCUUCUCAUUGCCUUUGCCUCUCACCAUGAUGUGGCAGUGAGGACAGAGGCUAGGGUUUGUGAAUCACAGAGUCAUGGAUUCAAGGGUGCAUGCUUGAGCGGCCACAACUGUGCACUGGUAUGUAGGAACGAAGGCUUCUCUGGUGGGAAAUGCACUGGAGCUCGUCGCCGAUGCUUUUGCACCAAGCAUUGUUAGGUGGAUACUACGCACGAGUUACUACGGUUCAAUGCUUGUCAUAUGCUUGGUGGUUUUUGGGAACAAUUAAAUAAAGGAUCUCUAUCCCAUCU